GUCAUGGGUGGAUAAAAUGCAAGUCGAUCUUGUAACGUUGGCAAGAAGUGCAAGUGGGGUGGACGAGCUUGCGAAGAUUUAUACGAAAUACAGCGAUCUGUAUACGGUGGAAGCCAACAAUGCACGUGACUUGGUGGAAAUUGCAGCCAGCAAUAUUGAAAAACUACUGAGUAACAGAUCAAAAGCCCUGGUGAACCUUGCAAAAGAAGCAGAGACAUUUCAAGCAGCACAUCAGUGGAGGGAUGAGUUUGGGAAUAAUGAAAUCAUCUAUUACAAUGCAAAAGAUGAUCAGAACGAUUCUGAAAAGAAUGAGACUGAAACUGGAAGCCAGAGAAUCAGACCAGUGUUUGAAGAUGAUGCUGUUUUUGGGCGACAAAUAUCUUACCAGCAUGCAGCAGUCCACAUACCAACAGAUAUCUAUGAAGGCUCUACAAUAGUGUUAAAUGAACUCAACUGGACUGGAGCAUUGGAUGAGGUAUUCAAAAAGAACAGAGAAGAAGACCCAACUUUGUUAUGGCAGGUUUUUGGCAGUGCGACUGGCCUCGCCAGGUAUUAUCCAGCCUCCCCGUGGGUAGAUAAAAGCCGAACUCCGAACAAGAUAGAUCUAUAUGAUGUUCGCAGAAGACCAUGGUACAUCCAAGGAGCUGCAUCUCCAAAAGACAUGCUUAUUUUAGUUGAUGCGAGUGGGAGCGUUAGUGGACUAACUCUGAAGUUGAUCCGAACCUCCGUCAUUGAGAUGCUAGAAACAUUGUCAGAUGAUGAUUUCGUGAAUGUCGUUUCAUUUAACAAUAAUGCUCAGAACGUCAGUUGCUUUAAUCAUCUUGUCCAAGCUAAUGUGAGGAACAAGAAGAAACUGAAAGAGGCAGUCUACAAAAUCUCAGCUAAAGGAAUCACUGACUACAAGAAAGGCUUUAUCUAUGCUUUUCAACAGCUGCAAAAUCACAGUGGCUCUAGAGCUAAUUGCAAUAAGAUCAUUAUGUUGUUUACUGAUGGUGGUGAAGAGAGAGCACAAGAGAUUUUCAACACAUACAACAAAGACAAAAAAGUACGAGUAUUCACAUUUUCUGUUGGUCAACAUAAUUAUGACAAAGGACCCAUACAAUGGAUGGCCUGCCAAAAUAAAGGUUACUAUUAUGAAAUUCCUUCCAUUGGAGCGAUAAGAAUAAACACACAGGAAUAUUUGGACGUUUUGGGGAGACCGAUGGUUUUAGCUGGAGAUAAAGCAAAACAAGUCCAGUGGACCAAUGUGUAUUUGGAUGCGCUGGAACUGGGCCUUGUCAUUACUGGAACUCUGCCUGUCUUUAAUCGAACAGUAGACCAACAAGGGAACAAGAACCAGCUGAUUCUUGGAGUUAUGGGAGUUGAUGUCUCUUUGGAGGACAUUAAAAAACUGACACCACGGUUUACAUUGUGCCCAAAUGGUUACUAUUUUGCAAUUGACCCUAAUGGUUAUGUUUUGCUUCAUCCAGAUCUUAAACCAAAGCAUAUUGGUGUGGGCAUACCAAAAGUUAAUGUGAGAAAAAGGAGACCCAAUGUCCAGAAUCGUAAAUCUCAGGAGCCUGUUACACUGGAUUUUCUGGAUGCUGAGCUAGAAAAUGAUAUUAAGGUUGAGAUUCGGAAAAAAAUGAUAGAUGGAGAAAGUGGGGAAAGAACAUUUAAAACAUUGGUCAAGUCUCAAGAUGAGAGGUAUAUUGACAAAGGAAAUCGAACAUAUACAUGGACCGCUGUGAAUGGCACAGAUUACAGUUUAGCCUUGGUAUUACCAUCCUACAGCUUUUACUACAUUAAAGCCAAAAUAGAAGAACCAAUAACUCAGGCCAGAUAUUCAGAAACUCUAAAGAUUGAUCACUUUGAUGAAGCUGGCUAUACCUUUAUAGCACCAAGAGAAUACUGUAAUGAUGUAAAAGUAUCAGUCAACAACACUGAAUUUCUUUUAAAUUUCAAUGAGUUUAUUGAUCGAAAUACCCCAAACAGCCCUUCAUGUAAUACUGAUAUGGUCAUUAGGGUUUUGCUGGAUGCAGGAUUUACAAAUGAACUAGUCCAGAAUUAUUGGAGUAAACAAUCUCUCAAUGGAGUUGUUGCACAAUUUGUGGUUACGGAUGGUGGAAUCACUAGAGUUUACCCUAAAAGGGCAGGAGAUGAUUGGACAGAAAAUCCUGAAACUUAUGAAGUCAGUUUCUAUAAACGGAGCUUGGAUAAUGACAACUAUAUCUUCACAGCUCCAUACUACAACAAAAGUGAUGCCAGUAGCUAUGAAACAGGCAUUAUGGUGAGCAAGGCUGUGGAAAUAACCAUUGGUGGAAAACUUCUUAAACCCGCAGUUGUUGGAAUAAAAAUUGAUGCAAACAGCUGGAUGGAAAAUUUCACCAAAACCACAACCAAGAGCCUGUGCAACAGUGAACUUUGUGGCUGUGAAAGAAACAGUAUGCACCUGGAUUGUGUUGUUCUUGAUGACGGUGGAUUUCUUUUGAUGUCAAAUCAGGAUGAAUAUACCCAACAGAUUGGACGAUUCUUUGGUGAGAUUGACCCUGACCUGAUGCGAAAUCUCAUUAACAUGUCCUUAUAUGCCUUUAACAAGUCUUACGACUAUCAGUCUGUGUGUGAUCCCGAAGAAGAACCAAAGCAAGGAGCUGGUCUUCGUUCUGUAUACGUGCCUACAGUAGCAGAUAUUUUGCAUGUCGGAUGGUGGGCCUCUGCAGCCGCCUGGUCUAUCUUGCAACAGCUGUUUUUGGGUCUGACUUUUCCACGUUUCCUCGAGGCAGCGGAAUCAGAUGAUGACGAUUACGCUACUAUCCUAUCCAAACAGAGCUGCAUUACUGAACAAACUCAGUAUUUCUUUGAAAAUGAUGAUAAAUCCUUUGGUGGGAUUGUAGACUGUAUAAACUGUUCCAGACUUUAUCAUGCAGAAAAGCUUUCACACACCAAUCUAGUAUUUAUAAUUAGUGACAGCCAACGGAUGUGCCGCUCCUGUGACCCAAAGCCAUUGUUGCAAGCAGAAAAGCCGGAUGAAGGGCCAAAUCCUUGUGAAAUGGUGAAGCAGCCCAGAUACAGAAAGGGGCCUGAUGUCUGCUUUGAUAACGAUAAGGGGGAUCAGCCUAUAUGCACAACGAGUCGUGCCUCUGCCAUGAUGUCCGCUCCUAUCUUCAUUUUUCUGCAAGUUUUCAUAUGGUGUGGAUGGAAGAUUCGUCAGACUGUGGUGGGGUCUCUGGACUGAGCCCAUCACUCUGGUCUCUGAUAGGAAUCCAGUUUGUCCUGCUUUGGCUGUUAUCUGGCAGCAGACAUUGCCAGUUAUGACCCUGUGAAACCAAAAUCUGCAUAACUAAUCAAGACCCUGCCAAAACGUUUGCCCUCUGUUUCGUUGUCAAAGGGUCAGCUAUUCAGGCAGCAGAAGAACAGCAAUGCCCAUAACUUGGUAUCAGUCUAUGUGAAAGGUUCAUAAAGGCACCCACAGUGGCUGCAUGUUGGAGUGUCAGAUCGUUAAACAUGUGUGAAUGCUGCAUCAUCUCUGCCAUCAGAACAGAAUUCUAUAUGUGCUUUAUUGAGGAAUCUAAGAUUUUUGUGUUCAUUGUUGUAUCGUUGAUGACUUCAUGUAAAAGGGCUCCUCUUAAAAUAGUGUAUGUAUAUGAUUUCCAUUUAUUUUGAUCUUAGCAUUGAAUUUGUUGCAAAUCCUAUAUGCUUUUACAUGAACACUUGUGAAAUCACAUUUCUUUAACCCUCCUCUUUUAUUGUAUUAAUACCAUUACAGCUGCUUUGAACAUCAGUUGUGUCCAGAAUAUAAAUAGUUGGCAGACUUCAGUUUGUACAAAACAGCUUAGUGAAUUGAAAAUAUUGGCUAGUCUUCUCCAGAAGUUCACCAUGACUGAAAUGCCUUACAAUGAGUGGUUUAUUCUGCCAAAAUUAAUCAAAACAGGUGGCUAGCUAAGUUUUGGUAGGUUCAUAAACUGUUGGUUUUAAAAUAAAAUAAAACAAAGCAAGAAAGAAGCUAAUGAAUUUUGAAAUAUAAAGGUGUUUGCCAGUUUGAUAUUUUAUCUAACCGAGUGAUUUUCCUCCUGAACUCAGUGUCAUGUCCCUUUCAGAAAGCUGUUAACUUCCAUGUAACGAUCAGUACUCUCUUCGCAGCGCAGUUACGUAAUGCUAGCCAAAUCCUUCAAAAUGC